CAUCAUCAAAUUAAAUAUGUUUAGUAAUAAAAAGAACAAUUUACCACCGAGACCUCAUAUUCCGGAUUCUGAACAUAUAUUAGAAGAUCUUAAUAAUGCUCCUAUAGAUGACAUAGCAUUUAAAAUAAUUAAUAAAGAUAAAGCUUUUGAAGAACAUUCAAUAAACACAAAUACUUCUGAUACCUAUCAGAAGGUAAAGAUGUAUUUAAGUAUAAAACAACAGUUAAAAUAUUUGGAAACUACCCUUGCAGAAAGAGAACAACAGCUGAAAGCUGAUAACGAAGAAAUAAGAAAACUUGCAGACAAUAUUAAAAAACAAGCACAAGCUGCAUUAAUAACAUAAAUUUUUUAUAUUUAUAAAUUCUACUGAAAUCAACUGAUUAAUCCUUCAUAUGAAAAAAAUGUAAAUAUAUAAUUAUUAUCAAUUUCAUAUUGUUUUAAUUAUUAAUGUCAUGUACUAAAAAUUAGCUAAUUAUGCAAAAUAAUACUUAUCAUAAUACAUAUAUUUAUAUUUUAAUUUAUA